ACAAUAUUCUGUCUUCGUUGACCAGUAGUAAUGUUUCUAAGGAAGCCCUAUUGCCACUCCACUUGCAUCAUCAAUGCCCAAGUCUAACCUUUAACAAACCAACUAAGUCAAGUGUCAUUGCUUGUAGGGCUCAGAUUUGAAGGAAACCGAUGUUUUCGUUCAAGUCAUCAUUCGAGGGAGGGGAUUUGUUUGGUUUUUUGUUUUUGUUUUUGAGCAAUUAGGGUUGAGUUCGACGAAGUAGCUUUACAAGUUGUGAAUCUUGAGUAGCGGAUGUGGUUGUUUGUGUAUUUCACAGCAUAUCGAAGCAUGUAGGGUUAGGUUGGGUGGAAAUGGGCAGCCAUGACGAGGAGAUUUGUGUGGCCCUCACGCGCAUCGCCCUUGCGGGGGACGGAGUGGUGCUAGGGUUGGGCAUGGCAUGCUUGGCCGUGAAAGCAUGGCUCAAGUAUCGCACCCACGAACAAGCCCUCGUGGCCAUCAAAAACACUCCGUUGUCGCACAUCGCCGACCUCCGGAUCUUGCUUCAACGCCAAACGCUCAACUCUGACCCUGAAAUCGUCAUCUCCAAUCAAUACCCGAGGUCCAUUCAAAUGACAGAAGCCCUGGCAAGUAAACAGCCAGCACGAUUUGGAUUCCGUAUGUGGCGCAAACUUGACGCGGAUCUCAUCAAACAAGAGAGAAUCGUGAUGGUGAGGGGCAAGAUUCAAACCAAGGCUUCGGUCGAGCCCAGUGCAGUCCUUAAUGCCGAAGACCUCCAGGGAAUCACACCCUCUCAGUCGGACACGAAAGCUGUGUACCUGGAAAGGAUUCAAACUUAUGUGCACUUUGAGAUGAAUUGCAUGUUGGGAUGGAUCAAACAAAGAGACCUCGUGAAGUUCACUCAAAAAAUGUGUUUAUACAAUGGAUCAAGAAGCCUGUUUGGGUGGGGCUCUGAGUGGCGGGGACUCGUGGGGUGGGGUUCCGUGAAAGAGCAAUUUGUUGUGGCGAGGCGCAAGGUGGCAUUCGUACUAGCCAGCAACAGUGAAGAAUGCUCCUCAGAGCCCAUUGCCUACAUCCACGUGAACAUGGAUGUGCCAAAGCACCCCAUUCCAUUGUUGACAGUGCACCAUCAGUUCCACCCUGUGUCAUCUUCUUCUUACACACUACUCCAGGCCAUAUUUGGGCGCCGCUACCCGGUGGGGCUGUUAGAUGAAGAGAGAAUACUCCAAAUGGGUCGCGAGAUCACGGCGGUUGGCAUUCUGGACUCGACGCCAGAUGGCAAGCCAGUGAUCAAACCUUGCAGUGGGCUGCCCAUCUUCUUGACAGAGUGCACCCGGGAGCAGUUGCUGAUGGAGCUGGCAAGGGGGACAAAGAUGUUGCUCUGGCUAGGGGUUAUUGCCACCACUUUCUCUGCCGGAGUGUUGACCUACGCUGUCAUCAAGAACUGGCUGAGGUGGAAGCAGCAUCGCCAGUUGGAGGAGCAACAGCGAGUGAAUGAAGAGAGAAGGCAACAGAGGCUGAUGGACGAGGAAGAGGUGGAGAACUUGGUGGAUGUUCCUGAAGGGGAGCUUUGUGUGGUGUGCUUGUUGAGGAGGCGGCGGUCCGCGUUCAUCCAUUGCGGCCACCGCGUGUGCUGCAUCGUUUGUGCCCGAAGGGUCCAGCAAGGAGCCGAUCCCCGCUGUCCUGUCUGCAGGCAGAUCGUCACAAGCACCAUGACGGUAUUCGACGCUUAACAGCAGCAAAAGUAUUGCAGAAGAAACACUCACUUUCUUUGUAAAAAACCGAACAGAUCUGAGCUUUAGCCUUUUUAGUGGCAAAUCAAAUCUUCGGCUCUGUCUUAAAACAUCAUGGUCUGCUUCACACGAAGUUUGUAUAUAAAUCGACGUGGAGAUGUGGACCACAACCAGACAUGAUUUGGAGAACGAUCUGCGCUUCCUGCAACCUCAUGCAUAGGUACUCUACUUCAAAUGUUUUGCAAAGUAUCUUUUUGCUUACUGUGUGAUAUCUGGUUUUAUUAAAAUUCGGCUGCUACAUGACAACACGGUGAUGAAAGUAAAGAACAUGUAUCACUAGAUCACUGGUUACGACGGGUUUUUCAUUUGAUGGAUAUUGGGAUGGAAAGAGGUUUAUACAAAUAUCAAAAUUUAAUACA